AUGAAGAACGAAAUGAUAGAGGUCCUUGAAGCUCAUACUAUGGCAUCCUUCCUGCCGACCGUCGAGCAUGUGGUGCUCAUAGGGGAUCAUCAACAGCUGAGACCGUCUCCAGCUGUAUAUGAACUGGCUCGUGAGUACAAUCUGGAGGUUUCGAUGUUUGAACGAUUGGUGAAGAAUGGGCACCCGUUCCGUACGCUUCAGGUGCAGCAUCGAAUGAACACAGACAUCUCGAGCAACAUCAUCAGGCCAUAUUUUUAUCCCGAUGUUGCCGACGAUCCUUCAGUAUUAGAAUAUCCCGAUGUGCCAGGUAUGGACAAAAAAUGCUUCUUUUGGAUGCACGACGAACCAGAAACUACAAACGUCGACGCGCUGUCGAGAAGCAAUACUCAUGAGGUGAAUAUGAUAGUCGCUUUGGUCUCAUAUUUACAAAAACAAGAAAUAAAGUUAGAGGAGAUAACCAUUAUUACAACUUACUCUGCCCAGCAGACAGAGAUGCGACAAGCUGUAAUCAAUAAGUUCGGCCGUAAUGAAAACGAUCAACCGUCGGUAGCUGUUGAAACUGUGGAUGGUUUCCAAGGAAAGGAAAAUCGAAUAGUGAUUGUGUCCCUUGUGCGAUCGAUGAUGGAUGGAAUCGGAUUCCUAGAGGUGAGGAAUCGAAUUACGGUAGCGUUGACACGAGCGCGUCAUGGCAUGUAUGUCAUUGGCAACCUUGUCUAUUUGGCGGAUUGCUCAUCGUUUUGGCGUCAGCUGGGUACUGACAUGUACGACAAGGGAUUUGCUGAUUCGUUUUUGCCGAUUCGUUGUCAACGUCAUGGGAAUGUCCAGAAAAUUGAACAUCCGAAUGAAUUCGCUGAAAAAUCGCCGGAAGGUGGAUGUAUGGAAAUCUGUGAUGCUGAACUUCCAUGCGGUCACAAUUGCCCUCGUAGGUGUCAUCCGAAUGAUGAUCAUGAUACCUGGAAAUGUACUGGACAGUGUAUGCGCCGAUGCAAAGAUGAACGUUAUCUACAUCCUUGUCAACGAACAUGUUCUGAGCCAUGUGGAGAUUGCGCUUAUGUGGUCAAAAUUCGUCUAAAAUGUGGUCAUUCUACCAAUGUGAUGUGUUACACGUCGGACAAAGCAGUUUGUCAUGAGCGAUGUAAUAAGAUACUUGACUGUGGCCAUCAGUGCCCUUCCACAUGUGGAAAGCCUUGUGAUAUGGCUUGUUUUGAGCCUGUAACUCUCUCAAACGACGUAUGCAAUCAUUCGUGGACAGUGGUUUGUAGUGAAAAGAGCAAGUCAGCUGGCUGUCCAAUGCGGUGUCCAGAAACUCUGCCAUGUGGCCACUGUUGUGAAGAGCGAUGUGGACAGCCAUGCACGGUCAACUGCAACAAGCUAGUGCGGUGCCGUCUGGCUUGCGGUCAUAAUGUCAGGGUGCCAUGUUACGAGAGUGAGAAACCGAAGCAGUGUGAGGAAAAGGUACUACAAGAUCUGGAGCAUUGUGGUCAUUCCGUGAUGAUGCCAUGUCACGCUGGUACGAAUCCAAGCUAUUGUCCAGCGCCGUGUGACAAGCAACUCUCAUGUGGGCAUAAAUGCCUUCGUAAAUGUGCCGGUGAAUGCAAAUGUGAAACGACGAUGUGCUCAAAAGUGUUGGCAUGUGGUCACCAAUGCGCAAAAAGAUGUGGCGAACGAUGCGAGCCUUGUACUUCUCCUUGUCUCACAAGUUGUAAGCAUCAGGACUGCGGCAGCAGUGACCGUUUCCAGGUACUGAAAUACGGACGAAAUUGCUCGCAGCCAUGUGUCCUUUGUCCAAAACUCUGUGAUAACAGCUGUCAGCAUCGCAGUUGUAGUAAAAAGUGCUACGAAGUAUGCGAUGUAAAACCGUGUGAACAACCGUGCACGAUGCGACUGCCAUGUGGACAUGGUUGCCUUGGAAUGUGUGGGAGAAAUCUGUCCGCGUCUUUGUGGUACCUGCAACAAACGAGCUUACGUGAACUUGAUAGAGGAAUAUUUGGGUGCGAAGGCAACAAUGACAAAGCUGCCAAGAAUCAUAGAAGUGGAAGGAUGUCGGCAUGCAUUCCCAGUGGAGGUGAGUACCUUUUCAAAAGAAAACUCAUCUUCUGCACACCAUAUGGGAGCAGUGCUGUCAUGGGGAAAGAGGCGGGCCGUCAGGGAGGAGCUUAA